AAGAAACAUGGCGGCUUGAGUACUCAACCGUUGUUACGUUACUCUGGUAAAUUUUGAGCCAUUUCGACAGCAUUCCUGACGGGUUAUGGGUUCUGAAAGAAGAGCUUUGUCUUCUCGCUCUCCUGCUACGAGGUAUGAAGUCCUUCUUGUCGAGGACACGCCAAUGAAAGGUCUCAGCGAAGAGCGAAUGACCACUUGCUUUCAUGUAUUCGAUGAAAUCAUUCCAGAUUUGGGAGUUUAUAAGAAAGUUUUGAAGAUGCUGCGAGAUGAAAUAUACGAGGCUGUAUAUAGUAAUGAAUAUACCACUAUUCCACCGAAGAAAGGGAAAAACAAAACGUCUUAUAUUCAGCGUCUCCCGUAUUUUGUUCUUGUUAAUCGAGUUUUUGAAGAACGUGACAAAAAUGCGGACCAACUGCAAGCAGACAUCGCCGCACUGGAAGGAAAACUUGCCGAGAAAGAUAAACAACUCAACGAAAGCAAUCAGAACAUUGAACAGCUUAAGAAGUCGCUCAAAGAUUGCAGCGAUAAGAUUUACAACAUGGAGAUCGAAAUGGAAAACAACUCUUUGGAACAGAGAAAACUUGAAGCUAACAUUCAGUACGAGCAGAUGAUGCAACAGGCCGCUAAAGACAGGUACGAAAAACGCAUUGCCAGUCUUAAAGAAGAGCUCACUCAAGCGAAGGAAAGAAAUAAGUUUCUUGAAAAGUUUAAAGAGGGUUAUGAUGCUCUUGAAGAAGCUUUUAAUGAUUCAACAGUGUUUGAAAAGAAGCCCCUUAAGCCGGCUGUUUCGACGAGGAGGGCUCAGAUUGUUCAGGAGAUUGCUUCGGCUAAGCUUUUAGAAGAGCAGCUCCUCACCAUGCAAAAUGCAAUUAUUGAGGAAUUCGAACUAUUCUUGGAAGAGAACAAGGCUUCGCCCACAAGUGAAGUUGAUUUGAAAAGCAGUGGGAGUAACUUUCGAGUGACCCCAGAUGAUGAACACGAGAUGAGGGUGAAACUAGAAGAAGAUUUGCACAAAGUUAAACAGAGGUUCAAGCAAAACAUUGCUGAUAUUGAAAAUGAAUUUCAGCUAAUUGAAAUUCAGAGGUCCAGUCUUGAAGAUCAGUUGGCUGAACUUGAGGAAGAAGCUAAAAGAACAGAAAGAGAGACCAACGAUAAACCAGAAAGAAAGAAAAACAUGUUUGCUGUGCAAGCAGAGAAAGAGAAGAAACCAAAACAGCCAGAAGAAGAUGAUGAAGAGAUUGAUUUUGUAAAGAUUAUGAACAGUGCACAUAAUCAAGAUCCAUUCAUUGCACACGAGAGAAUCCUGAGCAAGUAUUCAGCAAUGUUGUAUUACUCAUGCAACCAAGGAAAGAACUACCAUGAGUUUAAAGAUGCCAAGUUUUGUGCUAGCUGUGGUGAAACAACAUUACUAUGCCCACACAAAGUUACAGAUCAUAAGGUUGUUUCAUUGCCCCAUAACUGCACGCACAUAAAAAUUAUCAGACCAACAGUGCACAUAUCACGAGAUGAAAAACCUCCCGUUCUUGUUGCAGAAACCCCUGACAGUGUGCGAACUUUGUCAGCAAAAACCAACAGCACUCUGGGAUAUGGAGAUGAGUCAAUCAUAAAAGCACAGCAGCACCUUACCAUGUCAUACAAGUCCCUUUGGGAUGACUACUAUUCUCGUACUUCAAUUCAAAGACAGAUUCCCAGGUCUCUUUCUGUGGAUCGUGUGUCUUCCAUCAUUGAACAGUUUUACGCUUCACUCAUUUGGCAAGAUGAUUAUGCAGUGGAAGAUGAACAGAUUGUUUCUGUGGUGGAUACAUUGUACUCCUUCUUCCACGAGAGGUAUUUGGUUUCAGAUGUCACAUACCUGGCUGUGUAUGACUUUGUUUCAAGCGUAAUUACGUUUGCACCAAGUAGCAAGACUAUUCAGUUGUUUGCUCAAGCAAUGUGUGGUAACCUAGAUCCUGUUGUCAUCCGUUAUGUCCUUCUGGUCAAUGAGUUCAUUGAUCUGGUUGAGUGGCUGGCAGUUAAAGACAUCAGGAGCUUUGCUCAUGUCGUGUUUCCCUUCAUGAAUGAGGAAGAUAUUGAGCAGUUUUCUAUGGGUUACACCUCUUUCAGUGAGAACAAGAUCUCCAAGGAACUGGUUUCAGAGUAUUUUCUGUACAUCAUUCUGAAGUACAGAGAGCCUCGCUUUCAAGAAAUGGAAGUGAAGCUUCUUCAGCAACCAGGAAGGAAGCCUGGAUUUAUGACAGAUAUUGAAUACGCUGAAGCUAUUGACAACAUCUGUCCUCUGGCAUCAGAGCGCUUGAGACGCCGUCUAUUUGUGGAGUCUGUAGAGCACAUGAGAAGCACUGAUGAUUCAGUUUCAGUUAUGCGUCUGGCUCAAAUCACUGGUUAUCUUUCUCUACUACAGUUGACGCCAGUCAUAAAAAAUUCAAUUUCUCAGAAGGUUGAAGAAGCACGUCUUGUCGUCACAGAGGGUCAGUCCCCUCCUCCUGAUGUUCCAGUGAGCAGUGAAUUCAAGCCUGGGAAUUUUUUAACAACGAGCACUGCACGCGCAGUGGCAGCUGAGAAUGCCAAGCGCUCAAGAACAAGGCAGCUGAAAAGGAUUGAAGAGUAUCAGUAUGACUAGGACAGGAGAGUGGCUUGCAGAAAGCAAGAACUUUAAGUCCACAGUUGUGACCUUUGGAUCAUGUGACUAAAUCAGAGAGCUAAUUGUGGUUAUUUAAAAAUUAUCAAAUUGUGAGGAGAGCAGAGUUGAUCACAGCAGUGACUACUCCCAAAAAUGGGCUGUAGGGCAUGCUUCUUGAAACCUGUACCCUAUAAUUUUGAGAUCAAAACAAGAGAUACAUGUAGUUUCUAUCCUUCUGAAAA